AUGUACAGGAUAAUGUUUUCAGACUAGAUAUUCGAUCACAAGAUUUAAAGAAUUAUAUAUAAGGACUCUGACUAGUGCAUUAAUCCUGGAGCUGAUUUUUAGGAACUAAGAGAUUUCAACCUAGAAGGUCAUCCACUUGGUCAAUGCUAGCAUGGCGAUGACUUAAGCUGGAUAUUAAACUGGACCAGGAGUCUCAAAGAGUCUAAUCCAUAAUUAGUACUUCAAAAUAUCUAUCAUUUCGCAGCAAUAAUCAUCAAAGACCUAUAAUUACUACACAACAAUGAUCAUUUAGAUAAAGCAAGAGAAUACUAUAAUGAGUCACUCAAAAAAGAGCAAUUGACAUUUAAAUUGAAUGAUUAGCAUUUUAUUCACUUUUCCCAGCAUUUGAUGCCAAUUAAAUCAAUUCCUUGGUAUUGGAUUUUUUCUCAUUGGAUAUAUGGGUAUGAACCUAUAAGGAAAGCCAAGAACAUUGAUAUGUAUGGUAGUACUAAAGCAGCCGAGGCUCUCUAAUAGAGAACAACGAAAUUUUAAGCAGCAUAAGUGUUUUGCAUUGGUUUUGAGCAAAGAUAUUAUGAACUUACUCGACACCUCGGUUAUGACCUUGUGGAUAUUGAGUUACUAGAGACAUCUAAAAUGGUAGUUUUUCAUGAUAAUCCUGCUUUAGUACUUAAACUUCCCUUUGAUUAUUCACUUACUCAUUUAUAGAUUACGGAGAAGCUAAUUUAUUCAGCUAUUUAAGAAAUUAAAAACUAGAAAAUUUCAUUAGAUUAAUUGCAUACAAUCUAUGAUUUUACACUGUCUUUUUUGGAUACCGUAAAUCCAAAUUAAAGUGUUGUCUUACAAUAUAAGAAGUUUGAUGAGAUAAUUUAUUUGACAUCUAGCGAACUUAAAUUUGAAGGAAAGGGUUUAUUACAAAUAAGUGAAUUAAAAGAUUUCAUUGAUUAAAGUCUCUAUGUUUAAGGUUUGAUAAGUGAUUUUGAAAUUAUUCUUAAAAUAUAAUAACCUAAAACAUUUCUAGGAGGUAUUAAAGGAGUAAUUUUAGAAGUGUAAAACAUUUCAUAUAGUAUUGUUGAAUUUAACUCAGAUAAUUAAAUAAUUUUAGAAGAUUUGAAUCUAAAGAAAGAGCUAGAAAGAUAGAUAUAUUUAAUGAUUAAAAGAUAGGUGCUAGCUGCUGACUGGCAUAGUUAUAUUCACUAGAAAAAGGAAAGUAAUCAUAAAUUAAAAGAAACGUAUAUUAAUGAGAAGGGUGAGUUCUUCUUGGACAGACCUCUUGGUCUACCUGAGAGAAGGACAAGAUUUACAAAAUCUAAGCUUUAUGAUAUAUUGGAUGGAGAGGUUGAAAAUUAGACGAAUCUGUCAAAAGCAUUAAUCUUGAAAAUUGGAUCUAGUGAAAACUUGAUACCAGAAAGUAUUAAUAGUUUCAUAUAAAAUUAAAGCUUUUUCAUGCAAAACAACUCUGAUAUACUUAUGCAAGUAUUUAUGAAUAAAAAACCUGGACUUUUAAAAAGUUACACAAAUUCUCUUUAAAAGUUAAUCAGCAAUGUUUCGAACAAUAUCAAAAAAUUAAUUGCAUAAGCAGAAAGAGCUUCUUUAUUAAAGAAUAUAGAAAUGUAGAAAAAAAACUAGAAAUAAAUGUCAAACGAUGCAUAAAAUAAUUAAAACUAACAAAGCGAUCUAAAUGAUCAAGAACUAUAAAUCUUGCAGCAAAUAGGGGGGAUUUUCACAACGCACAACUUGCAGAAACUAAUACCUAAUAUUACUCAACUAUAUCCAGAUCCUAAAAAAGUCAAACUUUAAUUAUCAUUAGAUGAAAAGGAAAUUAUAUCAGAUUCCUCAUCUUCGUAAUAAUUAGAAGAUCAUUAUAUUUUGAGCUAGAUUUUAGUCAAAUUAUAAAUUAGGUUUGAAAAAAAUCCUGGGUAUUGGAGUUAACUAAGAAAUUAUAAUUUUGAGAUAAAGUUAGUUGUUUACCCUUAAGAUAUUUCGACAAAUAUACAUCCAGACUUGAUGAGAUUUGAACUCGCUUAUCUAACAGUUGAUCAGAGCAAAAUCAUUAAUUAAGAGGAAACGGAUUAUGUUAAAUAAUUACUCAUUAAUGAAUUACAGAUUUGGAAUAAAAACUUUGAUUAAAAGUAUUUAAUAGACCCGAUAAGCAUUAUCAAAGAUUUCUUGAAGCUAGAUUAUCUCUAAUUAUAAAUGCAUGAUGUAGGAGAGGCUAUUUCAAUAGAUGUACUUGGCAAGAGAAGAGCUAAUUGCAGCGAAGCAUUAACAUUACAAAUACUAUAGCUUUUGACUGAAUUUGAUAUUCUUAGUGGAGAGAAUUAGAUUGAUAUUGAGGCUAUUUAUAGAGAAACUUAUAAUGAUUGUGAAGACUCUUAGGAUGAUGCAAAUAGUUUAAGCUAAAUAUAAGGCCUUUUCAAAGAUUUUCAACUGAUUGAACAAAAGAUAUAGAGUGAUGAAACGCAAUAAUAUAUAUAGAAGAUAAUAGUAGAUUUUCUUUUCAACAAAUAAGAAUAUAGUUAUGCUUAAUUAGAAAAACUUUUUUAAAAGAAAAAGAAAUUCACAAAAGAAUCAUAAAUCAUUAUCAAUGCAUAGAAUUGA